AUGGCGCCACUUGUGCUGAAAAUUAAAGGUAACAAAACCUUUACACCUUUUUCGACACUUACUUCUGAAGAUGAUCUUUCAAAGACUUGGAAAGUUUGUUCCAAAGUUAAGGAUUCACUUGAAAACGGGUCUCGAUUAGAGAAUCUAUCUUGGCGAUUAUGGUUUCGACAUCAUCUACUAAAAGAAAAAACAAAUAAUAAAAAUGUUUUUAGAAAACUGUCUAUUAGAACUGCAAGAAGAUUAAGUAGUAAUUGUAAACUACUUCCUUUAAAAGAUUUACCUGUUAAAGUUGAAAGUAUGACAGAUGAAGAUACUGAUCUCCCUCAGCAACAAUUCCAGCAGCCACAGUUAUUGUUGCAACAACAACAGCAACAACAACAACAACAGCUACAAGAAAUUCAACAGGGUAUCGUUAUUCCUGUAGAUAAUAGUCAAACUAUGAUAGACAAUACAUCUUUAUUUACUAAUAAUCAUCCAACUACUUUUACAUUACCUCAAUAUACUUCCAGUCAAACAAAUGGCGGUGAUAUUGUUGAACUUGAUGAUAUUUUUAAUGCUUUUAAUAAUGGAUUUAAUAUUCCAAAUACAGCAAUGGAUAUGGCUGAUGGUUGGGACUUUGGUUAUCCUUCACCUUCAAAUCCGUACUAUUCUCCACCUCCUUUAGGUUAUCAACAAACCCAGCAGCAACAGCAGCAACAACAGCAACAGCAACAGCAGCAGCAACAACAACAACAACAACAACAGCAGCAGCAGCAGCAGCAAUUUACAACAGUAACAACAACAACAACAACAACUAAUAAUAAUAAUAAUACUCCUAGUCCGCAUCUAUUAGGUACAUUUGAUAAUAAUUUAGCACAGCAACAAAUAUCGUCUAUACCCUCUCAUCCUACUGAAAGUGAUGCUAUGUAUGUUUCUGGUGCAUCUAUGCCUCCACCUCCUGAAGCUACUUUACGUAAUAAACUAUUAGGAAAUAUGCAAAUGCGAUUCAAUAGUUCAAAUCAAAGAUUGAACAGUAAUGGUCAGCAUCAUCAAACACCUCCUAUGUCUGCUUCUUCUAGUACCUCUACUAUCACAUCUGUAAAUAAUAUGCAACCACUUAACAUUUCUAUGAAUGAAAAUCCAAGCAUAUUUACUACAAAUACAGAUAAUCAUCUUCAACAAAGAAGAUUCUCUGCCUCUGCACCUAAUUCACCUCCUCCUAAUUCUUCUUAUGAUACAAAUAAUAAGAUUCGAAGGACAGUGGCAUUAAGUACUACUUCUUGUAUGCCGAAUAGUUUAGUAGAAAAUCAAUCAAAACCUAUUUGUACAAAUUGUGGUGCUACUAGUACUCCACUUUGGAGAAGAUCUGCAGAUGAUGAAUUACUGUGCAAUGCUUGUGGUUUAUAUCAAAAAUUACAUAAUGCACCUAGACCUAAAACAUUAAAACCACAUAAUGCAAGAAAAGAAGCAAGAGACGAUGAAGCAUCUCAGUUAGUUUGUUCUAACUGUUCAACAACAACUACACCUUUAUGGAGAAGAGAUGAUGAAGGAGCACCUUUAUGUAAUGCUUGUGGUUUAUACUUGAAAUUACAUCAUGAACGUCGACCGUUAUCCAUGAAGACAGACAUUAUUAAAAAGAGACAAAGAUACGAAAGUAAUACGAAUACAAAUAAUGCAGGAGGUAGAAAGAAUAGUAAGAAAACAAAGACAGACACAACUGCAAAUUCAUCUCCAGGAUCACAGCAAGAUGAAACCUUAUCUUCUUCACCUUUUCAUCAACAGCCUUUAUUUGUGAAUACAAUGCCAUAUAAUUAUUCAUUAUCAGCUACGUCACCAUUUCCUAUUAACACACCUAAUACACCACAACAAGGAGGAUACCAACAACAGCAACAGCAACAACAACAACAAGCAUUUAAUAAUAAUAAUACUAAUACUAAUACUAAUCCAUCUACAAUGAAUGAAAUGUUGUCAAAUAGUUUUUUUUAA